ACAGGGGGCAGACAUUUAAACCUUCAGACACACCACGGGCCUCUCGAUCAACAUAUCUCAUCAUUUAAAAAAUCACUAAUAUGUAACAUUUAACAUUAGUAACGUGUUAUUUUUCGAGUAAAAUGAUCAAGAUAGUCUCGAAUUCCUAGUGACCGGAUAGAAAGCGUGGGAAUUUUGUCAUCAAACCAUGAACAACCUCCACUUCAGUAUGGCGUACAGCUUCAUCGGUCCGUCCCGCCGGGAAAGGAGUGCCGCCAGUAUAAACACCAGGGCCAGCCUUGAGCGUGCGCAUACGAUGAGUGUGGUACGUGAAUUGAAGCGGUCGUCAAAAGCACCACCUUUACCGCGCGGGAAGGACUUCCAUGUGUUCUUCUGUUUCCAUCUUGGACUACCGGACAAAGACUGGGUCAAAGUUGUGUCGAGAGAGCUCGAAUACCUGGGCUACAAGUGUUGUGUGUUCGAAAGAGAUUUUGAAACCGGGAUUUCAAUAUCUGCCAACGUAAAGAAUGCACUGGAAAAAUCGGUCAGAACAAUCGUUGUGCUGUCCUCUUCUUACAUAAAUAAGGAAUGGCGACAGAUGGAACUGGAAUACAUGUCACACGGAACGGAAGGAAUCAGUUUUGUUCCAAUUUUGAUGGAACCAUGUGGUAUACCGCCAUUUUUGAAGUACUUUCAGUACAUCAAUGCAACAGGGGGCAAAGAAACGUGGUGGCGCCACCUGGUAGACACUCUCAGAGGCUCAGCGCCAACGCUACCGCCUAGAAAAAGAUAUCAUGUCCUGUUUGCUCAUAAUAUGGCAGACACAGCAUGGGUAUCUAAAAUUGUUAAGACUUUGGAAUCUCCAAACGUUGGAUUGAUUUGUUGUUACCCCGGUAGGGACUUCAAACCUGGUUCUCCAGUGAUCGAAAACGUUGAUCAUGCAAUCAAACGAUCCGUAAAAAUCGUGCUAGUGUUGUCACAGAAUUUUCUAGCAUUAGAGUGGAAAAAGUAUUACGAUGGACGGAUGAGAGGCAGGCGACCAAUUCCAGUCUUGGUGAACAAUUGCGAACUCCCGCCAUCUCUUGAGGAUAUCGUCUGCAUUGACGCCCAGUCCGAGAAGGACCUCUGGUGGCCAGUGUUCCUUGGUGCUCUCACAGAAGAAGAUCCUGUGAAUGAUGACUCCGUGUCAAGUAGCAGUAAAUCUGUAGUAUCCCGACAAACAGAGAAGAGAUAAGAAUGAAGAGUCACGUCUUUGGUUAGAGUGCCUGCAUCCAGUCACAGACUACAGGAGACCAGGGCCCGUAUUCAUGAAACCAUUCUCAUGCUCAAGCAUGGAUUGUGUGCUCAAGUCUAAUUUCUUG